AAUGCGGACAACUACCCCUCUGCGUUACAUGCGAUUCUUUAAGCGCCGUGAAACACUUGCACAGGAUCCGAAGAGUACAGAAACAAAAAUGAUAUGGGAUGCUGGCAAAAAAGUAUUUGGAAUGCUUGGAUUUUUUAUACCUACUGGAAUUCUCUGUUUCCCUGCAAAAGAUGUGUUAUUCGACUUGAUGUUCUAUAGAAACGAACGAUUUCGUGGUUAUGUUGAGCAGUAUAGCCGUAAGAGUGAAUCGUCUAUGUGGACUUUUAACCAACAAAUCAGACAAUUCCAUACAUUUCGUGAUUGGAAUACAGAAGGAGAAGUUAGAAAGGAGAAUCCAUUGGAAAGUAUGGGGCAUAUGGGCUAA